UAACCUUAACACUUACCAAAAUAAAAUAAAAAAUAUUAAAUGGUUUCAACAAACACGUGUCAAGUUUUUUCCGGCGGUGUACGUUGCCCAAGCGUGCUUACAUUGGCCCGGUCGUUGCUGUUCACUGCAGCUUCACCUGCUCUUUUAUUUCUCGCCAACUCGUUCCAACCAUUCUUCACUUUUUUAUAUAUUACUUAAUCACUUUAUUCAAGUUGUCCCCAAUAAUGGGAUCAUUUUUUCUUUCUUUCUGGAAUUGGACUUAUUCACCUAAUGCUUGUAGUCAUGAAAUUUCCACGACUAACCUAUAAAGAAAUAGAUGAUGAUGAUAUAUCCAUUGGUUUCAAUAAUUCAACCAAUUAUAGAGAGUCUUUACAUCUAUAUAUAAAACCCUCAACUAAUUGUUCAGACAAGUCAAAGUGAUCAUCCAUCCACUUUACUAAAAAGUUUAUUCCCGGUUGGAUUUACAAAAAAAAAUGGCUUGGUUUGUUUCCCAAGAUGUUGCGGCUGAGAAAGUUGACGCCAUGAGGAGGUUCGAGAGAACGAGAUACUUGUGGAAGUUUCUUCCAGUGGUUGAAGCUUUUGUCGUCGUGUUACUUCUCCUCUCUUGGUUGACGCCGUCUCUUUCCGUGGGUGAGUACCUCCAGCGGAUUCUUUCCGGUGGUUGGACCGGUGGUGUAUUCAUAUUCGUCAUUGUGAACGUUCUCAUCGCCCUUAUUUUCUCCUUAUCUAACCACCACCAAAAAGUAACCGAACCCGAUCUGUAUUUUCAAUCCGUUUCUUCCUCCGAAACCACCAAUACUCUCGGUGGUUUAUCCUCCGCAACCACCACCACUCCUCUCGGUGGUUAUUCUUCCUCCUCCGCCGUCGUCUCUAAACCGCCGGAGUCAGAAAACGAAGAAAAGACUUCAGGUGAAAAGUCAGGGACGGACUUGAGCUCCGUUACACUAACCGCCGAAGAGGCUCGACCGGUGAGGCGAGAGAUGGUCCGGGCGGCCAGUUCCGUGGAGGAGACAGCUCAUGUCAUAAGAAGGAAGAAUGAAAUGACUUUUCUGCCCCCAAUCGCUACUGAGAGUAGUAGUGAUCAUCAGGUUUACAGGAGGUCGAGAUCAGAGAGGCUUGAUGUGCGGGGAGAGUUUCGUAGGAGCAUGAGACGGUUGUGUGACAUGGAUGAUCUGAGUAGUGAUGAGUUUAGAUCGACGGUGGAGACAUUUAUAGCGGGGAAGAAGAAGAUGCUGUUGAAGGAAUGGAUGAAGCCGUGAAAUAUUACUAGGAACACGACUUCUACCAGAGGCUUUAACGUUUCAUUUUGGAUACAUCUAUCUAUGUAUAUAUAUAAAAAGAUGUUGCUGAUCAUCCUGUGAUGCCACGUGGAAAGUCUUUCAAUAUAGGGGCGACGCGUGUCCUCAUCUCUGCCCCCAAGCCGGGCUUAAUUUUGUUUAAUACAUUCUCUAUUGUUUGGGCUUCGGUUAGCAUUAGAGGAAAAGAUCCGUUCUCUGGUGAGAGACUAACCCUAAAUCACGUUUUCAGCAGGUCGUCGCCUCCGCACUGGCUUGACGUUUCCGGUACCUUCCGCAGAGAAACGAUUCAGCCUUUACUCCCAUUGAUUGGUACUUCCACUAUGUGUCUUCAAUGCUAUCCUUGCGUCUCAGAGGCGGUGGGGUUUUUGCGUAUAAAUAGAUGUCAGAUCUCUCAUCCUCAACUCAUCCAAUCUUUGUUGCUUAUUACUUAUAUAGAUUCUGCUUCAGUUUAGUCAUGUCUACUCCGAGAGUUUUCUUCUCAGACCUCAAGUCCGGAAAGUGCUCAUCCGCUGUUGAGGCUCGGCUUCUGCGGUUCUGGGAGGAAAUAUUAAAAUAUAACCGACGGAUCUAUCCUCCGCCUCCGCUGCAUAUGCCGGUUAAGGAAACCGGGAAUCUACAAAGUGCCGUAAUCGCCAGCGUACCUUCUCCGCUAACAACCUCAGCUGAAGCCGGAGGAAGAACCCUCCCGUCGGCGAACAAUGCUCUUUCCGCCACCGCACCCUCUAGCUCCACCUCGGCGGAGCCAUAUACAGCUUCGUCUCCAGACCUCCUUUCCACAUCCAAAUACUCUCCGAGCGAUGACCACCGUCUACAAUCUCUGGACCCACGGUGCAUCCUGUUUCCGUCGUCGUCGUCGUCUCGGCAAAAUCGCCACCACUUGCGACGGCGAUGCCGCUCAGCCGAGUUCGGAGGAGGGCGCUUCCUCAGGUUGCGUCUUGCUGUGUUGGAGAUUCUGCAACAACUUAAAGAGUUUCCCAUUGUUUUUCUUACCAACCUUGAAAUAGACACACUCUGCAUUGACACACAAACCGCCAAGGUUACUUGGAAGAGUAGAUGGUUCCAGUCUGCUACUCGGUGAUUUGAAGGUGGGAUGUUGUAUCUCCACCGUUGAAGUACGUCUCUUGAAAUUCUGGGAGACUCGCUACGUUAAGAAAUUCGGCGAGCUUAUAGGUGCUGAUAUGCUCUUCUUCAACGCAAAGACAACCCUUAUGCAUGGAACCGUUGACCCUAAACAGUUUGAAAACACGCCAAGGGGUCUCAUCAUUUACAUGUAUCGGAUACAAACGCAAUCGGUGUUCUUAGGUUGACAUUACUUUCAUAUUGUUCAUAUUAUCAAGCAUCACCAAAGUUCUUCCUUCUCCCCGUUGAACUAACAACUUAUAUGGAUUACGUCUUCAAGAUACCGUGUGGAGCCUGCUGUCCCAGAUAAUACUAAAGAAGUUUUCAGAUUCACCUCUGAUAUUCACAUUCAACCACAUCGAACUAUGAUAUCCGACAUGGCUUCUUUUACAUGUGCGAAUCACCGGCUACAGAAACUCGAUGACACCUCAGUAUCUUAUCUUCUCGGCACUCAAAAGGCUGAGAAAUACCAUAGUUUCGUUGGUGAAAGGUAAUUCCAAAGUGGUAGAUGGAAUCAGUAGUGUUCUUUUAAUAUGUUCAGCCAUGUGUAUAUAGAAGAAAGCUUACAGUACGCUUUAGGGUUGCUGCAUUUUCUCUGUGUGAAGUUGCUUAGUAGAGAAGAAGAUAGAGAGUGAAAAGAGCUUGACACAAUGUUAGUCUCGCUUCUGAGAAUACACCUGAUAAUAGGGCGAGAGACUGGUGAAGAAAGAACUAAAGAUAAAGGGAAGAAGAUCGAGUGCGCAAGAGAAUUGCUUCAACCUAUGUAGACGUACCAUGCCUAAAGAUUUCACAUGGUGCGCAAGAGAAUUGCUUCAACCUAUUCAUAUGAAUAGAUAGUAUGGGAAAAAGAUUGUUUGGAGUUGUGGUGUGUUGUAAUAUACAUUCGAGAUGAGACCUGAGAUUUUGUAAUGUUAUGAUUGUCAUAUUAUGGGAAUACAUUGACUUACCACUUAUAUUUCAGUCCUUUUUCAGUC